AUGAACAGCGCGAACAACACCAAUGCGACUGCUGCAGCAACUGAAGGGUUCGACUUCAAGCUCUACCGAUACGAACUAAACCUGCCGGCAGCGAUAGUGGCUGUUGUCAUAUUCUCUGUCCUCUCGAUACUCCACCUGUACAAGAUCGUCCGUCACCGCGCACUCUAUUUCACCGCAUUCACAAUUGGUGGCUUCUUCCAGGUAGUCGGUUAUGCCGGCCGCAUCUGGUCGCAUUAUAGUCCGACGGCCCUUGGGGGUUUCAUCAUGCAGGCCAUCCUCAUCCUCGUGGCGCCUGCCCUAUACGCAGCAUCGAUUUACAUGAUCCUCGGCCGACUCGUCAGGGCACUACGUGCCGAACGGCUCUCCGUUGUGUCGCCGAGGUGGAUGACCAGGAUAUUCGUCAUCGGCGACGUGAUUUCGUUUUCGCUGCAAGCGGGCGGUGGUGGUAUCCAGGCAGGGGGGUCUUUGAAAAUGUACGAGCUGGGCGAAAAGAUCAUCAUAGUCGGCCUGUUCGUCCAGAUUGUCAUGUUUGGCCUAUUCGUAGUCACGGCGAUUUUGUUCCAUCGCCGACAAUCGCGAUACGGCGUUCACCACAGCUCGACGGAGCAUUCUAUACCCUGGAAGAAACAUCUUUGGGUCUUGUAUAGCGUCAGCACGCUGAUCCUGAUCCGCAGCAUUUUUCGGGUAGUGGAGUAUCUGCAGGGAAACAAAGGAUACCUUAUUUCGCACGAGGUAUUCUUGUAUUGCUUCGAUGCACUACUGAUGGCGGCUGUUAUGGCAGUCUUGCUGGUCUUCUAUGUUCAUGACCUGGAUUUCGAACACUGCGAGAAGCGAGAAAGUGGCGUGGAUUUGAUGCCGAGUUCUGAAAGCGAUGGGGUGCUAGAAAUGGGCACGCAGCCUCAUAAGCACUCCGGGCAGUCGCCAGUUCUUAAAGGUCAUUGA